GCGGCCUGCACAAAAUCUGCCUGUGAUCACAGAGGAUAUGGUUAAGAGUCCCAGCAGUCAAUCUAUGGCCAGGCAAACCAGCGGCACCGAGUUGGCCGAACAACAACAUAAGGGAAAUACGCACUUCAUGCGAAAAAUACCCCCUGGUGCCGAAGCUAGCAACAUUCUAGUGGGCGAGGUGGACUUCCUGGAGCGACAACUCUCCUGUUUCAUUCGUCUCAGCCAGGCAGCGGUCAUGGGAGACUUGACCGAGGUGCCAGUGCCCACCAGAUUCAUCUUUAUACUACUGGGUCCACGGGUAGCCAGAGUAAUUUCCAUGAGAUUGGACGAGCCAUGGCUACACACUAAUGUCGGAUGA